AACGCACACAAGCCAUGAGCAACAAGCGCAAGGAGCUGCCCGUCGGGUUCUUUGACGAUCCGCUCGCGGACGCCAAGGCGCGGAAGCUCAACAUCAAGGAAGAAGUCGCCAAGGCGCAGGAGAAGGAGUGGGAAGACUUUCAGUCCUUCGUCGCCACCGUCGAGACCCAGGACCGCGACGAAGAGACCACCAAGGCCGACGAGGCGGCCGAGGAAGAUGGUCUCGAGAAGCUCGAGCAGAUGGAGUACAUGGAGCGGCUGCGCAAAACGCUUCUGCGUGUGAGUAAGAAAGAGGCUGGCGCCGAGGAUGACGAGGGCGGUAACGACGACAAGGACGAGGACGAGGCGGGUCUCACCACGGACACGACCGACCCGCCCGUCGAUAUCAUGUCCGAGGUCCUCAAAGCCCGCUCCAAGGCUAAGGCCAAGGCCGUUCCUGUCGACGACGAAGACGACGAAUUGGAUCUCUUGGACUGGCGGGCGAAGCGACAUUAAAUAGUAGGCGAACGUG